GAUAGAAUCUAUUUGUUUUACUUUAGUGAAAGUCAUGGAGUUUGUUUUCAAAGUUGAAGCUUCUUUGUACCUUCCAUAGUGGUGGGCCAAUCUUGACUCCCUAUAUAUUCCCUGCUGGUUCAGCAGUACUGGUUGCUGUACCUCUGAACACUGCAAGUUUUAGAACUGAUGAUGUUGAAGAGGCAACUUCAGGAGGAGGAUAAGGAGGGUGGUUCUGGAUUUUCGGCUCGAGGAUCAACAAGAAGGCCUAACAUUAAUUGUUGGAGAAAUGUGAUCGGAGGGCGUUCGCCGGAUGAAUUUGCAUCUCUUCUCGAGCCUCUCUUUCGGAAAGUGGUUAGUGAGGAAGUGGAACGUGUGAUCUCGCGCUUUCAUGAUCCGCUGUCGAGAGCGCCGUCUAAUCCUGUUGGAACUUCUGAAGCAAGCAGUCUGCGACUGCAAUUUGUCAACAAAUUACCGGCAACCAUCUUCACUAGCAGUCAGAUAGAAGCCGAGGAUGGUACUCCUCUCAGGAUUGAACUAGUCGAUGGCAGGACAAAUGAUAGGGUUACAAGUGGGCCCCUAUCUUCGAUAAAGAUCGAAAUCGUUGUCCUUGAUGGCGAUUACGGGUCGGAUGAGGGAGAGGAUUGGACCGAGAAGGAAUUCAAUCGCAAUAUCACUCGCGAAAGGGAAGGGAAAAGGCCACUGAUAACAGGGGAGCUGACUGUGAUGAUGCAAGGAGGAAUUGGUUGCCUCCGUAAUUUAAUCAUCACCGACAACUCGAGCUGGAUGAGAAGUCGGAAAUUCAGGUUAGGAGCUCGAGCUGUUCAAAAGGUUUCUGCAGAAAUAAGAAUAAGGGAAGCAAGAAGUGAAAAUUUCGUCGUUAAAGAUCAUCGAGGAGAGCUGAACAAGAAGCACCACCCUCCAUCACUGAGCGACGAAGUAUGGCGUUUAGAGAAAGUAGCCAAAGAUGGCACUCUACAGAAGCGCAUGACUUCAAGAGGAAUCAACACUGUUCAAGAUUUCCUCCAGCUGUAUGAAGCCGAUGCGUCCUCUCUAAGAAAUAUACUUGGCAAUGGGAUCCCCAAGCGGACAUGGGAGACGAUUGUCAGACAUGCCAGCACCUGUGUGGUCAACGAUAACAAGAUGUACGCUUUCUACCAAGCUUCGAACAAGGCCAGUAUACUGUUCAAUUCGGUAAUGAAAGUUUCUCAAGUAACACUCAACGACCAAACUUAUCAGUCGCCAGACAAAUUGACCCGCUCUCAGAAGAUUUUGGUGCAGAACUUGAAAUGGCAAGCUUACAAUAACAAGAAUCAAUGGGUGCCGCUUGAUGCCCUACCCAGCAUCACUCCUCUGAGAGCCCUGACCAACUUGCCUACAGAGCCAUCAAUCGGCCUGAGCCUGCCUCUUCAUCAUCUAGAUUACACAGAGCUAAACCAAGAUAGACCAGAAGUGACUUCUGAAUUUAAUUACCUAUUGGCUUCAACAUCGCACUGCCAGAAUGUCACAGAGGACAAACAAUUAGGUUGUCUGGGGCCACAGAGUCAUAUCACAGCAAAAAUCUUUGAUCCGACCAUAGUAAACAGCUUAGCAAGUCAGGACUUUUUAUCCAGUUUUAAUGCUGGCGAAAGCAGUCAUCUUCCCGGUUACUCACAAGGACUGUUUGCGCCAAACAUCCAUUUGUCUCCUGAGGAGCUUUUCAAAGUGCCAUCUCCGAUUCCUGGCAAUUUGAUGUGGACACCGGACCAUACUUUCGUCAUUGAAUCAAGCAGCGGGGCAGAUUUCGGGAUCUGUUCAUCUCGCACGGGUUACGGAGUCCGCAAGUCUAGGUUUUCAAGGCCCAGGGCGGCAUGGUGCAAGAUCCGUGCCGUGGUGAAGUGGGGAUCAGUCCGGCGCCUCGUGGCUGCAAAGAGAACAGCAAUGUUCAAUUUUGCACUUUAUUAAGCUGUACACAUGGAAAGUCCUACCUCCAAGAGAACUUUAGGUGCUUCGGGAGCAUGAAGCUCUCGUCCACACAAUCCAAUCAUCACGUGCGAAGUAUCAUUAUUUUACAGAAAAUGAAAAAGGAAAAUCAUAAUACUUGACGAGUAAUGAUUGGUUUGGACGAAUGAGAAUGUCAUGUUCGGGGAGCACCAAAUUUCUCCAAAGCAUCUAAAGAUAAGCUGCCCUAGAUGCAUCAAUUUCGUAUUAUGACUAAGCAUCUAAGGAUAAGUGCCAGUAGAACGUGUCUCUUUUGUAUA